AGCGCCCCGCGUUGAAUUCUCGCGAAUCGCUCGUGAGUUGUUCGUCGUUUCGGAAUUUUAAAAAUUUGCCUCCUCGAGUCGAUCGAACUUUCGCCACAAUUGGUAGUGAAUUUUACCCGAGAGGAAAAUAUGAUGAUGUACUUAUUGUGCGGAGAGUAGAUAGUUAACGGAAGUGCAGAACUGAUCGGCAAACGAACGUCGAUGAUCACUUUCGAAACAAGUGCGCAGAGUGCGAAACAUUUUUUCGGUCUCGUUAGAAUUUCGAUUAUCCAGCGGAAUGCACCAUGACGACGUGUUCGCUAGCUCAUCGUGUUCAGCAAAAAACUGAAACUCGCGUCGAACGUGCAGCCGGUUCGUCGAACUUCCACGCCAAAAAAUAUACAUCGCAAUGUCUUUUACUCCGAGAAUAGCGCUGAACUGUCCAGCAUCUAUGCCUCUGUAAGCAUAAUACUAUAUUAACUCUGUGUGUGACAUUCGCGGAUCUCUCUGAAUGACAAACGUGAAUUAAUCACGGGCAGUUGUAGUUGUUCGCAGAGCAGCACGCUGAAAUUGUAGUUCAAUAAUCCGGCAGGCUCCAGCAUGUAUGAAAGCUCAAUCAUUCAAAAGUAUAGCCAGGAAAACGGAUGCAGCCGUCCAGACACCCAGGAGUAAAGAAUUACGUCAUCCAUUAAGUCUUAAGCACCACUCCGAAUAAGUAAUUUCAAUCGCGCUGGUACCAUUCUGAAUUCGUGGCGCGGAUACUACUCAGAACAUGGAUGCAACCGCGUGGGUACCAUUCUGAAUGCCCCGUUUGACCAUUCUGAAUACCCUGCCGCAAUUAGAAAGGCACUAUUCUAAAUCACCCUUACGUCCAUUGUGUCACUACCAAAACAUACUCAACCUUGCCGAUAGCAUUUAAAAUUUUCGAUUUAACCGCAGUCCAUUUUAAAUGCAAUUGCUUGUGGGCCAUUCUUGAUUCAGACACAAUCAUCACAACACUAUUCUUAAUGGUCAUCACAACUAUCGUGCCAUUCUGAAGACUUCUCCUUGCCGCGCAGCCUUCAAAACUUUCGAACGCUGCGGUCCGUUCUGAGUACCGCUGAUUAUACACAUCUAUCCGAGAAUCAUUCUGAAAGUUCAGACACAAUCAUCAAGGUAGUAUUCUGAAUGACCAUUGCGUCCAAGAUGAUAUACUAAGCACUCGACUUUGCGUGUGGCUUGAAGUCACGGAAGUGACCUCGACCUUCAGAGCAGAAAAAAUGGCCGAAGAAGAAGAAGACUCAACCCCAAUCCCGCCAAAAUACCUGGAGUACAUCACGCAUGUUCUGAUGGGGAAGCGGAACGCGUCGAUCGACUUAAGCAAGCCGUACGUCAAGGCGUCCAUCUUCGGCGUCUACCCCUCGAUCCUGUUCUUCUACGGGCUCCUCAUCAUCUGCGGGACCCUGUCCAACAUCGCCAUCAUCGUGACCAUCUUCCGGCGCCACCUCUACACGAACCCGACCCAUUGCUACGUCAUCAACCUGGCGCUGGCGAAUAUUGUCAAGUGUGUCUUCGUGCUACCCAUCUCGCUGGCCAUCAUGCUCAUCGAAAACUGGGUCUUCGGGAGCUUCCUCUGCUACUUCGCUCCAAUCCUCCAGGAUGUGCCAUCGCACGUGACGAUGCUGACCUUAUUCAUGAUGGCAGUGGACCGCUAUAAAUACUUACUGGAUCCGAGCAAGGAUCGAUUACCAGCCUACGUCUUCGCUACAGGCACUUGGCUGUCCGGCAUCUGUAUCGCCUUGCCUUACCCCAUUUACACGACCUACAUAGACUUUUCGCGAUAUUUCAAAGAUCAACUGAACGGUGUCGGGAUCUGUGUUCUGAACUUGGCUGACGAUAGUCACGACUACAUGCGGAGUCUCUUUUUUCUAACGUGAGUUAUUUUUACCAAAAAGUUUAUUUAUAGGCGUAGAUACGUUGUUUUGCUAAAAGACCUGACCUUCCUUUUUACCAGGAAAGACGGAGUCUGAGGGGCCUCCCCUGGCAGUGUCUUACAAUUUUAAUCUAAUUAGUCGAAUUUUAAGGCUUUUGUGGCCCACAUUUUCUAUUCUUUCCUGCACAAAAAUUGCGCCCUUUUUGUGCAUUUUCAACUAAAGGUACUUUUGAAUUGAUGAAUUCAAUAAAUUUUUUCAUAACGUGGAAAAUUUUUGAAAUUUUAACUCUGGACGUAUUAUGAGACUUUCGUGACGAAUACUGCCUAUUCGUUUCCGCACAAAAAUCACGCUGUUUUGUGCGUUUUCAGCUCAAAAUACCAUAUCGAAUCGCCGGAUUCAAGAGUUUCAUGUUUUCCCCCUCCACCCAGAAUUUCAGAAAAGGAGGCGAAUGGUAUUAUUUUCAAUUCUAGGAGGGCUUUGCCCCUCCCCCUUUGCUACUACCAUGAAUUUAUCUAAAGUCUGCCACGUCUGUAAUUUCAAUUUCUUCAUUGUUAUCCUGUUUUGAGAAAAAAGUGAAAGGGAACGUUGCAUUCGAAGAAUCAAAAUUUACUUUAGGAACAGAGCGGUUAUCUUUCGUGUAAAAAAUCACCGAAAGAUCCUUCAAAUCCGUUAUAUUUUCCCCCUCACAUUUUUCAAUGCCGCUGAAUCUGUCAAAAAAUUGGGAAUAUAAAUAUCAACCAUUAAAGUAAUUAAGAUCGAUUUCAAUUACUUGAUGUCAAAAUCAUAUUUUUAACGGUGCGACGCACUGUCAAAUGAUGCAUGAAUGAAUAACUUAAAAACUUAUAUUGUAAAUUCAGACGUAAAAUGUUUUUUUUUGCGGAUGACAAUUCUGAAGAAGCGUACGCUAAGCACUUCUUAAGGGCGAUUUAAAUCCAUUAUGCUGGUUCCGAAUGUAACGUCAAGUCAAGUUUAUGAAAGGCACUGCGUCGUAACCUUUUAAGUCUCCCGGGGACUAAAGCUGUUCGUGUCAGGCGGAUUUUUAACACCUGCUUCUCACACUGAGCGUAUCCCCCACUUUGUCGCGCCGUAAGAUCAACGUCAUGCUUGAAAUUUGCGUUGUACAUUUUUACGACGAUAAUGAAUUUAAAACUGGAAAAUGAGCGAUAAUGGCUCAGUUAGUUAUCAUUUCUAAGCAAGAGAACUCGCAAACAUACAGAGACAUUGUAAAUUCAUUUAUUUUCUUAACAAAUCCACGAGUCUCAUUUAAAUGCGCCGAAGGAAAUUCAAAAUUCUCUGCAAGGACUGUCCGGUAAAUUAAUAGUGACCGAUGUUUUUGAAUCACUCCGGGAGGGAGCGGAAGGAGGUUGUGCGAGAAAGCUUGCCUAUCAAUAUGAGAGCUCGAAUGUCAAACUAGUUGUGAGCGCACUAUGGACUUGUCUUUAUUUAAUAAGGGAGACAAAUAGAGCUCCUUCCCUGCACUUGGUACAAGCUGCAGCUCGAUUUGCUGCAGGGGUAGUAAUUAAGGUGAUUCGACGGUUGCCAUUUUUUGUGUCAGAGCGACGUGCGAUAU